UUACAUAAAAACUCCGAAAAAAUAUGAAAAUUUGAAUGCAUCUCUAUGAAGAGAAAUAUUUUAAUAUUAAUAUUUUAAAUAUUUUAGAAAGCUUGUUGAAACAUGACAACACAAACGCACAUUACAUAUUCGUAUAAAUUAGAAUUUCGUAACUAAUUUCAUUCAAUCAACCAUUAUAAACACAAUGAACGUAAUUUAAAUAGUCGUUUCACUUUAUAUAUUCUUAUAUUAAUUAUUGCACCAUUACAUUAAUUAUUGCGACACGAUAUACGUCGCUGUCGAGAUUUGAGCUCUGCAGUAGACUAUCGUUUUUAUCAAGGCAAGGUAAAUCUUACUGUCACUAUUAGAUGGCGCGGACAGACAGUAUUUUGACAAACUGUCAUUAAUUGGGACAACGAAUACAGUGAUUCGCAAGAAUUUAAUUGAUUGGUCAUUUAUAUUACUAGCAUCACAUAAAAUCAAGAAAAGCGAUUCCUGAGCGAAUCUGUGACGUAUGUACAUUGUUGUCUGAUGAAUCGUUUUGAUAAACACGUUGCUAUAAUAUCCGUGAUGUCACAAUAAUCGCCAUCUUCGACUCGUGUCAUCCAACUGUUGUCGUUGUAAACUGGCGUAGCCGUCAUCGCAAGUAAUUUGCAAGAUAUCGUCACGCCUUGCAGAUUCAAUUGGUUAGAUCCAAUUCGCUUGUGCAUUUGAUAUUUUUAUAGGAUUAUGGAAGGUGGUGGUGCAGGAGGCGGCGAGACGGGCGGUUCGCACGGCAAUGGCCAUCAAGCGGGCGCCAGCAAGAAGCUGCAGCAGACGCAAGCCACCGUGGACGAGGUCGUGGGCAUAAUGAAGGUUAACGUGGAGAAAGUGCUGGAGCGAGAUCAGAAGCUUUCCGAGCUCGAGAACCGCGCGGACGCCCUGCAGCAAGGCGCGACGCAGUUCGAACAGCACGCUGGCAAGCUGAAGCGAAAGUACUGGUGGAAGAAUCUCAAAAUGAUGCUUAUUCUCGGUAUUAUUUGCGUCAUUAUCCUAAUCAUCAUUAUUGCCUCGGUUGUGCCAAGUUCAUCUUCGGACAACUCUGAUCCAAAAUGAUAGCGUUGUACCAAAGGAAAGACACGGUGUCAUACCGAUCGACCACCCUCUCUCUUAGGAUAAGUUAUACAUAUUCGGUGAAGUACGUAUAAGGGGGAUUACAGAGAGUCAGAUGAAUAUGGAAUUUAUGUGUUUGUCUAUAUAACGUUCGCACAAAAAUUGGGAACAAAGAGAGACAUAUUUUUGAGACUUAUUAUUAAUUAUUGCAUCGAAGCGCACACGAUUAUAUAUUACUAGACUAACAACCAGUAUUAAUACGAGUGGCCUUCCUCUUCUUUUUAAAGAAACAGAAUAAACACUGGGGUAUUCUUACGAAAUGUUAAUCUUGUUACAGCAAUGUGCUUUAUUAUAAAUUAUAUAUAAUAUAUAAUGUUUAUACAUUU